GUGCUGCUGAAAUGAAACUGCAAUUGAAAUCGCCAGCAAAUAGGGACAGAAAAGAAAAGACUUGUGGUCGCUGCGGAAUGCAACAUCCUCCUAAAAAAUGUCCAGCAUAUGGGAAAAGAUGCAAUAAUUGUAACAAAAAUAACCAUUAUGCUAGGUGCUGCAAAGCUCAAACCCUGAAACAAAGUACAGUCCAUGCUGUGGAUGAAGAAGACACAGAGGAACUCUAUGUAGCUGCAGUGACAGACAAUAAGACAGGUGAAAAGGACUGGAUAAUGACACUCAAAGUGAAUGACACACUCAUGAAAGUCAAGCUGGAUACUGGAGCUCAAGUGAAUGUCAUAUCAGAAGCAGAGUUCAAGAAAAUCAGACCUAGACCUAAAAUACAUGCAACAAAGGUGAAAGUGAGUGGAUACUCAGGUGCAGAAAUACCUGUGAAAGGAAAAUGCAUGGUUAAAGUGACACACAAAGACAAGGAGCACACGCUAACAUUCAUUGUGGUGCCGAAGAAUGUGCAGCCUAUACUAGGGUUACAUGCCUGUGAGAGUCUGAACCUAGUGAAAAGAGUGCUCGUCGUGGAAACUGAUGAUGACAUGGACUAUAAUGAGUUGAUGAAGGAAUAUGGUGACCUAUUUCAGGGACUUGGUUGCCUUGCUGGAGAACACACAAUCAGAGUCGAUGAAAGUGUAACACCAGUCAUUCAUCCAUGCCGCAAAGUACCAUUUGCUCUACAAAAGCCACUAAAAGCCGAGUUGGACAAGAUGGAAAACCUGGAAGUGAUUGAAAAGAUCGAUGAACCAACGGAGUGGGUGAGUUCUCUUGUUAUUGUGGAGAAAAAGACUGGAAAGCUCAGAGUUUGCAUGGAUCCUAGAGAUCUGAAUAGAGCAAUAAAGAGAGAACAUUUCAAACUACCUACAAGAGAAGAGAUAAUGUCACAGUUUGCAAAAGCGAAGUACUUUAGCAAGCUAGACGCUUCAUCAGGAUUUUGGCAACUGAAGCUGGACGAAGCAAGUUCAAAACUGUGCACGUUCAACAGCCCAUUUGGCAGGUACAGAUUCCGGCGACUGCCGUUUGGCAUUGCUUCAGCACCUGAGGUGUAUCACAAGACAAUACACAUGAUCUAUGAACACCUGGAAGGAGUCGACACGUCAAUGGAUGACAUCAUUGUGUGGGGAAGCACAAGAGCUGAACAUGACAUGAGACUGAGAAAUGUUCUUGAAGCAACCAGAAAAGCCAAUCUGAAGCUGAACAAAGAGAAAUGUCAGCUUGGCGCGAAGGAACUGACAUUCGUUGGAGAUAUCCUGAGCAGUGAAGGCAUCAGACCAGAUCCUCAAAAGGUGUCUGCAAUUGAAAACAUGCCGAGGCCGCAAUGCAAGAAAGAUGUGCAGAGAUUUAAUGGCAUGAUAAACUACAUGGGAAAAUUCAUACCCAAUCUCUCAGAGAAAAUGGCGCCACUGAGACAGCUAACUGAAAAGAGAAUCGAAUGGGAGUGGGAGCUGCUAGGCCCAGGGGCCUCCUGCUCCACCAGGCCCAGGAUCCACCAGCAGCCACUAGGCCCAGGAUCCACCAGCAGCCACUAGGCCCAGGAUCCUCUAGCAGCCACUAGGCCCAGGAUCCUCCAGCAGCUGCUAGGCCCAGGGCCCUCCUACUCCACCAGGCCCAGGAUCCACCAGCAGCCACUAGGCCCAGGAUCCACCAGCAGCCACUAGGCCCAGGAUCCUCCAGCAGCCACUAGGCCCAGGAUCCUCCAGCAGCCACUAGGCCCAGGAUCCUCCAGCAGCCACUAGGCCCAGGAUCCUCCAGCAGCUGCUAGGCCCAGGAUCCUCCUGCUCCACCAGGCCCGGGAUCCUCCAGCAACCGCUGGGCCCAGGCUCCUCUAGCAAGGCACCAACAAGUAAAUCGACAGUGACUUCAACGGGCCAUCACAAGGUAAUACCAAUCUCACCAUUUUCAAAAUGCCGCCUAAAAAAGCAAACCCAGGAGUUGAAGAGGAGUUGGAGGAGAUUAGGAAAUCGCUUAAUUUCAUGUCUGAUGAACUGAGCAAAGUGGCUAAACAACAGGGUAUGCUAUAUGACCUAAUGGAUGAAAUAAAACAACUAAAAAACUUGAUAAAGGAGAAGGACAAGAAAAUAGACGACUUGGAACGGCGACUCGAGGACCUUGAACAGUACACAAGAAUGGAUGACUUAGUCAUAAGUGGACUGGAGACGCAACACCGAACCUACGCCAGAGUAACAGCUGGCGGAGGUAAAGACGGUGAAGAUGCCCCGGUAGAGGAGCUGCAAACGCUUGAACAGCAAGUGAUAAAAUUCCUUCAAACGAAGAACGUAAGUAUUCAGAGCCAUCAUAUCGCAGCAUGCCACACGCUCCCCAGAAAAGACAGUAAAACAAAGCCAGCAAUUAUUCUUCGGUUUGUGAGUCGCAAAACAAAGAUUGAGUUACUGAAACAGGGAAAGAAACUAAAAGGGACCGGUGUGUAUUUAAAUGAACAUUUAACGAAAAAGACUGCUGAAAUUGCAAGACAGGCACGCAGCCUGAGAAAACAAAAUAAGAUACAAGCGACAUGGACGAGGAACUGCAAAGUAAUGAUAAGACUAAAUGGCAAUCCUGAAGAAGCGAAAGUUGUGAUGAUAAGAGAACUCAAAGACUUAGAGCAAUAUAAAUAAUCAGGAAUCUGCUAUGGAAUCUAUUGGAAAAGUGACAAUUGGAUAAUGAACAAUGGGUAUGGAAAGUGUUUCUGGCCUUAUGGCUCAAAAAACAAUGGAAAAAA